AUGGGAAAGUCUUGUGAUGUAAACCUCAGUGGCAACAGGAACGGCAACAGCAGUAGCAACAGCAACAGCAGCAGCGACAGCAGCAGCAACAGCAAAGUUACCAAGGGCAGCAGCAACAACAACUGCAGCACAGGAUGCCCAACAAGCGAUGCUGCACUGCCAGCGGCAACCACCCGUGGUCCAUCCGAGGAAGAAGGAGCAGCGGCAAGUACUGCUGCUGCCCACCGAAAUGCCGCUGCAGCUGCGACAGCGACAACAACUACGGCAAGUCCAGCAGAGACACAACACAAGGAGCAACAGCAGCAGCCGCAGAAGCUUUCGGGUGCAGUCCCGCCUUCUUGCGUACACGGAAUAAUGCCACGCGAUGGUGUAUCAAAUGGUUCAGUGGGCCCGCCGGGCGCUCAUGACAGGCCGGACGAUGACGCCGCGCCUGGGUCCCAGUCUGCUGCUGCUGCUGCUGCAGCUAGCAGCAAAAGCAGCAGCAGCAGCAGCAGCGUUUUGGGCUCUCUGUUUGCUAUGCGCCUGCCUCACUCGGAUGGACCUGCGGCUGCAGAAAUGGAGGCAGCGUUACUGUCAUCUGACGGGGGUCCUGCAACCUCUGAAGGCGUAAUAUGUUCUUCUUUGGCAAAAGCAGAAACAGAGGCAGAAGCAACACCGGAACCAUCACCUCCGCUAAGAAGUUCGGGGUCAACUUCCCAGCGUGCCAGCCGGCAAGUUGGCUUCGCCAGACUCAGGACCUUCGACAAAAUUAAUGAGGCCUUGCGGUUGUCCGAGACAGAAGAGAAGGAGCUUCUGGCCAUAGCGCAGCAGCAGCAGAAAUUGUUACCCGGCAUGCAGCGUGGCCGUUGGCUACAGGCCUGGGUGGAGCCCUUUGCUGCUGGUCCUGCCCAGCAGGAUGGAACAGCGGCAGCAGCGGCAGCUGUGUUGCCUCUGUCUGUUCCGGGAGGGCUCUACACUCUAGGAGUUUCUGCUUCGCGCCCCGCCUUCCGUCCUUCUGCUGCUGCUGUUCCUGUUGCUGCUGCUGCAGCAUCUUCAUCGCAGGAGCGCCUCACCGCAGCAGCAACAACAGAAGCUGCAGCCACAGCUGCAGCUGCCGCUGCAGAUCCUGCAACCGUUUCAACAGGAGCUGUUGAAGUGGUGGAGGUUGUAGCUGAGGCCUACAAAAGGGUGGCGGAGUCAUCUGUCCCCUCAAGGCGCAUUAGAAUCCCUACGGGCGCAUUUAGGCCGCGGGGAGACCUGCAGAAAGGCCAGAAACCCGUUUGUCUUCGCUUUGCUUCUGCUGCGGUCACUGCUAUUCGUAGUGCACCAGCAGCCAAAGACCGCCGGCGGCAACAACAGCAGCAGCAUGUGACGGCAACGGCAACAGCAGUAGCAGGAGAAGAGGAGCCAACAGAGCUGCAGCAAAAAAAGACCAGUUUGCUUCAAUUUCUCUGCCUCCUGGAGCAACAGAUAUUUCUUUGGUGCAGUAGCACUUCUCUCGAACACUACUCCUUAGCCUGCGACCCUGCGGCCCUCCAGGCGGCUGCUGCUGCUGCUGGUCGUAGCAGAAGCGCAGCAGUAUCGGCAGCAUCUGAUGGACAUGUGCCCUUUUGGGAAUACAUGCUGGAAAUUAAGCCGCCCGAAAUGCCUCUGGAAGAAUUUGUAGUCUGGUGCCAGAGGCCUGUUGGCAUGCCAGUUGAAGAUUAUCUGCAGUGGGCCUGCAUCAUACUCCCAUCUUUCCCCUUCCAUUGA